UUUAGAUUUAAUGUUUAAAAAUAAUUGUAUUUUCCUGAUUAAUUCAAGCGCCAUAUUAAUUUAUUUAACAAUUAUUACUACUGCUAUUGAAGAAAAAAUAGAAGAAAAAACAACAAAAAAUUUAAUAACAUUUAAUCGAAUAGCUGGAUGUCCAGACUUGGAAUCUUUUCAACACCCUUUUGAGACGUUAGAAAAUUCAGACAAAAUUGGAAAAAUAACAUGUUUAUGUGGACCUAGUAGAGAAUUAAUAAAUGAAGAUAAUGAAGAGGUUGAAGAUGAAAAAGCUUCAAUUACUUGUAUUUAUGGCUCAAAAUUGGAAGAUUUAGAAAAUACAAUAAAUUUAGCGAAGAAAGUAAACAAGUCAAUUGAAAAGAUAAUACUCAAUCAUGUUGACUUUGAAAGUGAAAAAGAUUUGUUACAAAUACUCUUAAAAGAAACUCAAACCACUUCAAAUUUAAAAUAUUUGGAAGCGAAAAAAUGCAAAAAUCAACCAAAAUUUACAGAAGAGAAAAACGAGAACAAAGAAUUAAAACAAUUUAAUAGUUUAGAGUGGAUAGUAAUUGAAGAAUGUUUAAUAGAGGAAAUGCCUAUAAAUUUAUUAAAACGUGCGCCAGUUUUGAAGAGUCUGUCGCUAAGCGGAAAUAAAAUACAUUCAAUAAAUGUACAAGAUUUGGCUGCUAGCAAAAUGAGUAUAGAAUCAUUAAACUUAGCGGGAAAUCUACUUUCUUUACAAAUUGAAGCAGGAAGUUUAAGUCAACUUAAAAUGCUUAAAAACCUAGAGAUUGGUGAACAUAAUUUUGCUAGUACUCAAUUACUUAUAGAAAUUGGGAAACUUACAACACUCGAGAGUUUGGACAUGUCACAAAUGGAUGGAAUAGAAACAAUAAAUAUUUUCUCAAAUUUUGAAAAAAUGUCAAACUUAAAGAGACUUUUAUUAAGUGGAUGUAACUUGCGCAUGUUAAAUAAAUCAAGUUUUGCACAAUUCCCAGCAUUAGAAACAUUGGAUUUAAGAGUUAAUUUAAUUGGAGAAUUGGAGAGUGAAUGUUUUGCUGGUUUGGACAAUUUAAAUUCACUUUCACUUGCAGGAAAUUAUUUAAAAGAAUUACCAUCCAAAAUAUGGAAAGAUUUGCCAAAUUUAGAAAAUUUAGAUUUAGGCUGGAAUGAUUUUCGGUCUUUAAAUAAAAGUUCUUUUAAAGAAAUUUCACCAAAAAUAGAAAGAAUAAAUUUACGAAAUAAUGAAGUGCUUAAACAAAUAGAAGAGGGAACAUUUGAUGGAUUAAAUGCAUUGAGACAUUUAAAUUUAAGUACAACAAUGUUGAGUAAAAUAAUAAAAGGACAACUUAAUUUAAAUAAACUUGAGGAAUUAGAUUUAUCUGCAUCAAACAUUUCCUAUAUUGAACCAAAUGCUUUUGAUUCAUUCAAAUCAACAUUAGAAUCACUCAAUUUAGCAACAAACAAACUUAAACAUUUAGACACAAAUUUGAUAAAUUUUUCAAAUUUAAAAAUGAUCGAUUUGUCUAAUAAUCCUUGGAUUUGUGAUGAAAAAUUACAACACAUUUCUUUAUUUAUUGAGGAUAAAUAUAAAAUAGCCGCCUCAGAAAAGAAUGAAUUUGAACUGCGCGAAGCACACAAAACUCAAUGUGAUAGGCCUUACAUUAGACGAGGAGAAUCAAUAUUUUCGCUUGUUGGAAUUAAUAGUAGCGAGUUGAGUUAUAAUGAGGGGGAGGAUACAACAAUAGCGACAACAACAAAAACAUCAACAACGAAUGGAGGGGAAGAAAAUUUAUUUGGAGGGAAUAAUGUUGAAAAUGCUACGAUAGACUGGAAAGCGAUAACAUUAUUGGUUGGCAGCAAUACAGACGAACACAUAAAUUUUACAAGUUUAUUAGAACAGGACGAAAUUGAAGAUGCAAACAAACCAAAAUAUGAUAUUAAUGCAAUUAGAUAUGGAGAAAAAUCGUUUUUACCAAAAAAGGAAUUGGCUAAUACAUGGAUUUCUGGUGUAACUGUAACUCUAUUAAUUAUAACCACGGCGUUUUGCAUUAUUUUUGUGGCAAGGCAUAAAAAGACCGCCCCAGACGAAGCAAAACACGAAGAAGUCAAAAUACAAAAAGAAAUAAAAGCAGAAGAAUCACAAAAAACAACACAAAAACAAUUACAACAACCAGAAUUAACUCAAACAAACAUUUUAAAAGAAACAGAACAACAACAAAAACUAAAAACAUGUGAAAAUUUAGAAGAAAAUUGUGCAAUUACUGUUUUUUAA